CCCGCUCCUCACCGAGCGGCACGUUCCCGCUCCGUGUCGCUCAGGCGGCACCCGGGGCCCGCCCUCCGCGGCCCCUCUCCCCGCCCCUCGCCGCGGGUCCCCUGCUCGGCGAGCGAGAUGCGGCUGCGGCCGGUGGUGCUGGUGCUGGCGCUGGGCCUGGCUCCGGCCCUGGCCGCGGCGCACGAACAGCACCGCGCCGACUACGACCGGGAGGCGCUGCUCGGCGGACAGGACGAGGCGGACGAGUACGCGCGGCUCAGCCCGGAAGAGCAGCAGCGGCGGCUGAGGGCCAUUGUGAAGAAGAUCGACUCGGAUGGGGACGGCCUCCUCAGCAAGGAUGAGCUGAGCUCCUGGAUACAGCAGUCUUUUAAACAUUAUGUUACACAAGAAGCCAAGCAACACUUCAAUGACUAUGACAAAGAUGGUGAUGGAUUACUGUCUUGGAAGGAGUAUAAUAUGCAAAUGUAUGAUCGUGAAAUUGAUUUUGAUGAGAACUCUGUCCUGGAGGAUCAGGAGGAAGAAUCAUUUCGACAGCUUCAUUUAAAGGAGAAAAAGCGUUUUGAGAAGGCUAAUAGAGACAAUGUUCCUGAUCUAAAUGUGGAUGAAUUUGUUGCUUUUGAACAUCCUGAAGAAGUGGAGUAUAUGACGGACUUUGUCAUUCAGGAGGCUUUAGAAGAACAUGAUAAAGAUGGUGAUGGAUUUGUUAGCCUGGAAGAAUUCCUUGGUGAUUACAGAAGAGACCCAACUGCAAGGGAAGAUCCAGAAUGGAUACUUGUGGAGAAGGAUCGGUUUGUGAAUGACUACGACAAGGAUAAUGAUGGAAAACUCGACCCUCAAGAGCUGUUGUCUUGGAUAGUACCCAAUAAUCAGGGUAUUGCCCAAGAGGAGGCUCUUCACCUUAUUGAAGAAAUGGAUUUGAAUGAUGAUAAAAAGCUUUCUGAAGCAGAAAUCCUCAAGAACCAGGAUUUGUUUCUUAACAGCGAAGCAACGGAUUAUGGCAGGCAGCUUCAUGAUGAACGUUUCUACCACGAAGAACUUUAGGGUAUUUAUUUUGUAAUCUGUUUUUCUUCCCUUUCUUUCAUUUGGAGCUUUUGUUAAAAGCACCCAUCAGCUCUGUUGCAAGCUUGAUGCUGUAAUUACAGUACACUAAUGUUUGUGUAAAUAAUUUGCAUUCACAAUUUAAUUGCCCUCCUGCAGACUUCCUUGGGCCUGUUCUAGCCUUCAGCAUCCAUCUGAAAUACUUACUUGCAGAAUUAUACAGCACUGGGAAAUAAGUUACUUCGGGGUAGUCCUGUGUUGUGAAGAGUUGUUCUACUGUACUGGAGAGAAAUGGAGACUCUAAAUGAUUCUGAGAGAAUGCAAACCAGUAACUGAGUGACUACUAUGAUUUCUAACCAAUUUAGUUGGGGCGGGGAGUGGGGAAGAUGGGGGGAUCUUUAGAGUCAGUAUUAACUGUGUUUUACUUAAUACCUUUGGAGAAACACUUAGAUUAAUGCCUCAAUUGUUUUAAGAGGUUUCUACUUAAUUUUCAAUGGUUUCUAUACUGUGUUUUAUUGUAUCAUAAAACUUGCUAUUUUUACAUCUAUAGACAUUAAUUGGUUUUGAUGUACAAUUUACAGCCUUAGCAAUACAAUGGUAUUUUACAGUGUUAAAAUCCUCUUUGUUUGUUGGAUUAAAACUUCAAAUAUUCUGUC